AGAUGUUCCACCAAGAUGAUCCGACCCGAGGAUAGAUGUUCCCAACGAUUCCUCUGGAGAGAUGGCGACGACGAGAGAGAUCCGGAUGUCUAUGAGAUGAACGUAAUGACGUUUGGAGCAGCCUGCUCGCCGAGCGCUGCGCAUUACGUGAAGACUAUGAAUGCCCUGAAGUAUCGGGACUCGAAUCCGAGAGCGGUCAAGGCCAUCACCGACUACCAUUAUGUCGAUGACUAUGUGGACAGUUUCGCUACAUUGAGCGAGGCUAUCAGCGUAUCUACCCGAGUGAAGGAGAUAAACAAGGAUGCUGGAUUCGAAUUAUGCCAGUUUUCAUCCAGCUCACCCACCGUGGAGACGGCUUUAGGACCUGGUCGAGUCAAGAGCGUCGGAUGGGGUGAGGCUGAAGAGAAGAUCCUCGGAAUGCGUUGGCAAGUAGCAACAGAUGACUUCAGAUUCAACGUGGAGUAUCAUCGAGUGCCAAGCAGCGUCCUGAGCUCCACUCAUCGAGUCCCUACGAAGAGGGAAUAUUUGAGCCUGGUGAUGGCAACGUUUGAUCCCCUGGGAUUCCUGUGCUGCCUCAUGGUUACAGCGAAGCUGCUGCUGCAAGAGAUUUGGAGGCAGAAGAUCCAGUGGGACGAACCACUACCGGAGGAGUUAAGCAAAGCCUUUGCGAUUUGGCGCAAAGAGAUGGACGCCGUGGGACAGUUCCGAUGUCCGCGCCAUUAUUUUGGGCGUGGAGCAGUCCGGGCCGUAGAGUUGCACGUCUUCGUGGAUGCUAGUCAGGCAGCAUUCGCGGCGGUGGCCUAUUGGAGGGUCACAUAUGAGGACGACGACGUGCAGGUGAGCUUCGUGAGUGCGAAGACGAAGUGUGCCACAAUGAGAACGAUGACGAUCCCACGGCUGGAGCUGCAGGCAGCAGUUCUUGGAACCAGGCUGAUGAACACUGACAAGGAGGAGCACAGUGUGGAAAUCACGGACCUGGUGUUAUGGACGGACUCUAAGACGGUGCUGAGAUGGAUCGGCAGCACCCACCGCCGGUAUAAGCAGUUUGUUGGCAACCGAGUGGCGGAGAUUUUGGAGUCGUCGAAGGUUUCCCAAUGAAGAUGGGUGCCUACAGCCGACAAUGCGGCUGAUGAUGCGACGCGGUCGCAGAAAGGAGUCGACCUUAGCCAGGAAUCAAGGUGGCUAAGAGGACCUGCAUUUUUGAGGCAGCCAGCUGGUCGGGGCCUGAGGAAGGAACUGAGCGUGUUCCAGAUGCCCCUGAUGAAGAAGAGAUUCCCAGUGAGUUUGCAUUAGUUGCGGCAGACGAUUUUGUUAUUCCGUUUCAGAGAUUCUCGAGCUUCAGUCGCCUGGUGAGGACCACAGCCUGGGUCCUACGGUUUGCGCGCUGGUGCCGCAAACAGCGAAACGAGCUCGAUGAAUACGGCCUUACUGCAGCAGAAUGUAAGGCCGCGGAGAACCUGUUGGUCAGACAGGCACAAUUGGAGUCGUUCCCCGACGAGAUGAGGUCGGCGGAAACUGGACAGGACGUCGCUAGAUCGAGCGACAUUCGAGGGUUGGUGCCCUACCUAGACGAGGACGGGAUUCUGCGAGCUUACGGCAGAAUUGAUGCCGCACUGUGCAUGCCGUACAGUGCGAGGAGGCCUGUAUUACUGUCACACAGGCACAGUCUGACAGAGCUGAUUGUGAGAGACUUCUACGCCAGGAUGAAGCAUUAAAAUGUGGAUGCUACGAUUACGGAGAUCCGGACAAAGUUCUGGUUCACAAAGAUGAGGCGUGUGAUGCGGAGAGUCAUCUCAUCGUGCAACGAGUGCAAGUUGCAGCGAGCGCGGCCGAUGCCGCCGAUAAUGGGACCCCAUCCGGAAGACAGACUGGCCCGACGAGAGUGGCGCAAGGGCAUCGUGGAGGAGAUCUACAGCGGAGCUGAUGGAGUCGUCAGACGCGCUAAGGUGCGCGUGAACGACAACGGCCUAUCUAGAACAAUGAUGCGACCCGUCUCUAAACUUGCAGUUUUGGAUUUGAGUGAAGCGGUUCGAAUGUCGCGGAUCGAAUAUUGUUAUCGAUAGGCUAGUUAGUAUUUUUGAGAAGUCCGAAUGUGGAAGGAUUUGUAAGCGCAUAUGUGUCUGGGCACAUUGUUUUUCGCCAUUGUAAAUUGCCGGGAAAAUUUAGGUUUUCAUUGUAGUGUAAGAAUUGGAGGACACACUGCGAAUAAAACGUGUUCUACUACCACGGA